CUGGAAACCACUCGAACAGAACAGCAGUCACCAAACCAUCUUUGAUUUGAUGGCGCAGAGGCCCCCGAGCCGCUGCUCCGCCCGUCCCAGAUCUCCGGCCACCGCCGCCGUCUGGUCCCUCCCCGCCGCCGCCCUCCUCCUCGUCCUCCUCCGCUGGCCGCCCAUGGGCUCCUACCCUCCCGUCUCCCCUCGCGGCGGCUCCGCCUCCGUGCCGGCCCGGCGCGCGGAGCUGUACGCGAAGAUGGCGCGGGACCUCGACGAGCGCGGCGCGGCGUUCCUCCGGGGCGGCGAGACGUCGCAGUCGCUCACGCUGACGGACCUCUUCGACACCGCCGACGACGGAGCCGUCGUGCCCAGGCUCAAGGCCGCCGACCCACCGGUGCGCGCGAAUGUGCUCUAUCUGGACCCGGAGUUCGCCGCUGUGAUCUCGAAGGCUGUCAAGGAAGUAUUUCUUCCUUAUUUUGAUCAAGUUAUCUGGUUCCAAAAUACAAGCAUGUACCACUUCAGUUUGUUUCACGCCUCCCAUCACUUGGAGCCCAUUGUUGCAACUGAUGACGAGAUUGAAGCCGAAGUGGAGGCAGUAAAAAAAGUCACCAAGACUAUUUGUCCUCUUAAAAUUGUAUUGGAUCGAGUGGUUUUGACGUCAACUGGUGUGCUUCUUGGCUUGUGGCAGGUUGAAUCUGGUACUGAUCCUGCAGAAAUCCGCUCAAGAUUGAGAGAAGCUCUCCCUCGAGCACCUCAAAAGCAACUGUAUGAUUCUGUUCUGCUUCACACCUCCUUUGCACGAAUUCUGGGGCAUCCUAAGCUUCCACAUGAGCAAAGUGCAUCAUCUUUUGAUCACACCAAGUUCUUCCAUGGGUUGGUUGCUCAAGUUAAUGAGAAGAUCCGUGGCUUCCAGGCGAGGGUAUCAGAGCUAUGGUACGUUGAAGAGUAUGAUGUUCUUGCGCUGGCCCUGAAUGGAAAGAUGAAAGUACGGAGGCUCCACCUUGACUGCAAUCGUUAGGGCAAUGAAAAUCCAUAAAGAGGUCAUGAGAAUGGGAAAGAAUUAGGAUAUGCACUUUGCAAAGCAGUGGUCAAGUUAAAAUUCGCUUGCAAUGCUUUGGCUCGCCUAAACGAUCACCUCGCCCUUCGUUCUGCCAAGCACCAGAUUCUAUCCAAGUCUGAAACUGGAAGUGCCAAGGACUUCCAAGCCCUUCGUUCUGCCAAGCACCAGAUUCUAUCCAAGUCUGAAACUGGAAGUGCCAAGGACUUCCAAGCCAUAUCGACUAAUGUUAUAUGUAGGAAUUGUAUGCAUUUUUUGUUGUAUGUAAUGUAAUUUGUUUAAGCGCAAAGUUUUAGCUAUGUAGUAUGCCACUUUUGUUAAUAUGUUAGUUUUUCCUUAUUAGAAACAUUAGAUUAUUAACACUGAAAAGUUUGUCGAUGUAUGAACUAGAUGUAUCUAGCUCAAAGGCCAAUACUCAGACUAAAAGGUGAUGUCUUAGACAUCAACAUGUUCCUAGAUGCAA